AUGAUAACAACAUCAACAAUAUCAACAGCUGUUGAUGUAACGCUUAAUUUGGUUAUUCCGGAUGAAACAAGUACCACAAUGGAACGGAAUAAACCGGAAAAGCACAAUGAGCAAUUCUUAUUUAUUGAUGAAAAUGAUAAAAAUGAAUUACAAUUGAGUAAUGAAUCAACAAUACCGGAUUGGACUGAAGUUAUGCAAAUAUCGGAAACAGUUAUUGAUAAUAAUAAUAGGUAUAAUAAAUCGGAUGAUGAAAGUUCAAAGAAAUCUGCAAAAGUGACAACAUCAUCGGAUGCAUCAACAUUUGAUUUUACAAAAAUUGAAACUUUAUUUUCAAACUCAACGGCAACAUCCAGUACUGAUAAGGCUGAAUGCGAUGAGAUAAAUGCAAAAGAUGAUGAUAAUGAUAAUGAUAAUGAUAAUGAUAAUAGAGAGGAAAGUAAUGUAUCGGAAGAAAAGAAGGAUAUAUAUUCAUUGAAUGGUGCCUUAUGCGAUAAGAAAAAAUCAUCGUCAUUAUAUGAUGAGAAAUCAAUAAAAAAUCGAUAUUUAAAUCGAUAUGAUCAGAAUAGUGGUAAAGAGAAAAAGCGAAAAAUUAAAGAAAUUAAUUCACGUGGUUCUUCAAUAAGUCCAUCAUUUCAACGAUCACUUACGCCAUCACUUGAUCCAAAAUUAUUGAAACAAUUUGAGGAAGAAGAUCGUCCCAAACGUGUACUACGUUCGUCUACUAUUGCAUCAACUAAUAAAAUAUUUCCAAUAAUGGGAAAUGUUUUAUAUUCAACACAAUUAAAUGAGGAAGUGAAACAAAAUCGAUCACAAUCGAAGGAUAUUAAUAAAGAAACUGAAUUACAUAGCAAACGUUUAAGGACUGAAAUAGAUGGAUUAUUGGAUAAUGAAUUGAUGGUGACAUUCGAUGAUCUGAGAAAUACGUCAGUACGACCACGUCAUUGGUCAGGAGCAAGUAGUAGUCGUGCUAGUACUUCCAGUGGUUCAAAUGAAUUUACCGUGAUAACAAAAAUGAGGAAAAGACGUGACUCAUCAUCACGAAAUCGAAGAAAUAAUUUUAAUUCAAAUUGGAAAUUAAUUGGUUUACCAUAUGAAAGUUCCGUCUACAUUGAUUAUUUCUUCCAUGAAAAUCAAUCGAUCAAACAAAUUUGCUAUCCACAAGCUGUACAUUCCAAGACCGGUGAUCUCCUGAGACUUCGUGAUUCUGUACGAGUAAAUUCUAUUGAUGGUGAACCAAAUUUUGCAUGUAUUUGUCGCUUAUUCAAUGAUUCAAAAACGGGAAUGCCUUUGGCAUCAGUAUUGUGGUACUAUACCCCGAUGCAAGUUAAAGCUGAUAAUUCAUUAAUUCCACCGGUAUUUGAACGGGAAUUACUUGCUUCAAAGCAUAUGGAUAUUAUACCGCUUGAUACAGUGGAUGAAAUUGUAUGGGUACUAACAUAUAAUGAAUAUGGCCGGUUUAUGGCUGAAACAAGAAAUGAUACAUAUCCACUUGCACAACGUGUAAGUGAGGAAGAUUUAUUAUGGAAGAAAGGUGAAGAUGAUUAUCCACGACGGAUCUAUCUUCCACGUGAUGAUACACCACUUGAAUUAGUCUAUUUUUGCCGUCGUAUCUAUGAUUGCAAACAACAAAAAGUUGAAACAAAAAAAUUGGCGGAAAAAAAUAAUCAAAUGAAGCGUCUUCGUCGUCAUCCGUGGAAAUAUCGAACAAAAAAACAGCGCUGA